AUGAUGCGGCUGAUCGGCCUUCCUACAUGGGCCCCCCUCCUCAUCAUAACCUGCAAAGCUUUGCAAAUUCGGAACAACUGCUUCAUCCCUAGUUACCAAAAUGUGCACCCCAUUGGGAGCAGCGGCGAGGAAAAACUUUGCACACGAAGUUGCAAGAGAAGUCGCCACCCCAGCAGGAGCAGAGGGGAACAGAACAAAUGGAUCGUGUUCAGCAAAGAUGACGAGAUAAAGGAAAGCAGGAGACCAGAAGAACAGAGCGAUGAUUAUAAAAUGACGAGAAGGAAAAAUUUCAUAAAAAAAUACCAAGUGAAAAAGGAAGAAGUAGAGGCAUACAUAGAACAAAUGAAGAAAAACUCAACUAGUGGAUAUGAACCUCAAUUUCCGAAGGACGCUUUUAGGACCCCAGACGGAUUAACAAAUGUCAUUUUGGAUUAUAAAUACAAGAAUGAUAAUUUAAAGAUUCACAAUUAUUACUCCUUUUUUCUGAGCAAGCGGAAAAAAAAAAAACAGCCAAAUGGGCAAAGUGGGCCAAAUGGACAAAAUGAACCAAAUGAGCCGAAAGGCGAAAAAGACCACCCGGACAGAGACCCACUAAUUAGCGUACAAGAAUUUCUUUUCCUAAAAAAGAAGGGAUUCUUUGAAGGAGAUUUGUACACGUGGAAAAAUUGGGUUCUUCUGAAUCGGGGAGAGUGGGAAGAUUGCAUUGGAUACGGAGAAGGAGAUAAAGAAAAAGAAUACCAAAUAGAGACGCUUCGAAAAAUGGUGGAACCCAAGAUGAAGAGAAUGCCCAUAGAAUACUGGGGUAGCUUUAGGGCAAUCGACUUUAAUGUGAAUCAUUACCCGAUUUACAAAAAGCUGUUUGACUUCUUUGACAAGAUCAGUGUGAGUGGCAACGAGCCGAACGAGAAGUUUUACCCCUUCCUCUUCUACCCCCGGUUUAGCGUGCGCAGGGAUAGGUCGGGGCUGGGUUACGGGGACGCGCAGUUUUUCGGCAACUACGGGGACAUCUACAAGAAGCGCGAGGAGCGCCUGCGCAGGUUGCGCGAGGGGAGCGGUGUGAAUGGCAGCGGUGUUGGCGGUGAUGGCGACGUUGGCCAUGUUGGCGGCGUUGGCGGAGUUGGCGGAGCUGGCGAAGGGGACGUGGACCCCCCCGGGAUCGAUGCGCACAUGUCGGGCAAGAGCGAAAGAGUGGUGCACUCCAGCCUGCACCGGGAGAGUUUCAUAGACAAAUACGACUUCGGGCCAAACGACAUCAAAGUGGAGGAAGCGACGGACAUAAUCAAAUACCCACAGAACGGCAGGCUCUACCAAAAGUUCUACAUAGGGCCCCUAAACAUAACCGAUGGGCACACCUUCGGCACUCUGUUGAAGUACGUCUGUCAAACUCAGAUCUAUGGGUACGCCAUAGUGGCGAUUAAAAUUCACAAUAUGAAUCCAGACACCAGAAUUGAUAACGUGCAGGAGGACCUCCUAGAAAUAGCACUCAAUUUAUCAGACGUCUGUAUAUACAGUAAAGAAAUAAAUAUAGAGACCAACGUACGACUUAUUUUUAAAGGACCCUUGAUGCUAGUAGCAGGGAUGAUACCCCUACCGUCCCACUUACAAGUAGUUAACAAGGAGCAGUACAUAUGCACACUUAAAGAAGACGGUCUUCUGGACAUUUCGAUAAAAAUUGAGUAUGGAAAAGGUCAUUGGCUAACAUACGAGAAGGGAUUAUAUAAAAGGGAACUAGGUUCUGACAACGAAUGCAUGAAAAAAAGACAAGUAAAGGAAGUUAUUGAGAAAGAGUAUAUGCCUAUAAGUGCUAGCUUUGGUAGCUGCCGCAUGGUACGUAUGGCUGUACAUAAAAUCGCCACUAAGUAUUGGUGUGAAGAUAGGUGUGAGUUUACCGACCCGAAACAAAUGCUUGUUAUGGAAAUAUGGACUGAUUGUAGGAUGCUGCCGAAGAAUGUGUUGCUGUAUGGAAUUAAAAAUAUAAAAAAGAUUUUGAGAAGAUUCAGGGAGAUGAUAAUUUCCGACACAGACUUCCCGUCCGAUGUGGAGGACGAGGAGAUGAAGAAGCUGUGGCCUGCCAUUGACCGGUACAAAUUUUUGCAGACCAAGCAGAAGAUGGAGGGAGGCCCGCCCAUCCACGACGUGGACGCGGAGAGUGAUAGCGGCGGCAGCAUCGGCAGCAUCGGCAGUAGCGGUAAUAGCGGCGCGGGUGACGGGAGUGGUGAGCGGCACAGCCAAAUGGGUAGCCAAAACCUGCUGGACUCAUUUUCGCAAAAGCUCGUGGACCCGGACAACUUCCCCAAGCACUCAAAUAUCAUCCUGCCACUGGAGGACACGCCACCACCCUACCUGGAUACCCUGGAGUGGCUAAAAAUGGAGGUAAAGAAAGACAGAAUUCGCAAGAAGAGGAAGGGUUCCGAGAAAAAAACUUCCAAAGCGCCCAACAGGCGCACCUUCGAUUAUGACGACUACCUGGAUGACAGGUUGGGCGACCUACUGGACGAGGGCUGA